GUGCGUCCCAGCUCCACAAUACACCCCCCCCCCCCCCCCCCCCCCCACUAUUAUUAUUAUUAUUAUUAUUAUUUUGUUUUAUUGUCUUCUUGCCCGUCUACGGUUGCCCAUAAAUAUCUAAGCCCCUUCGAUGCUCCCUUUAUUCCAGUGCACCACCACCGGCCACUACAGAUGGCUUCCCUCACUACAACCACCACCACCACCAGCACGGGUCCGGAUGGAGAAGACCACUCCCACAAGAUGAAGAAGCGGCCGCAGAAGCAGCUUGGAGGCAUCAAAGCCAUACCGUUCAUCCUGGCAAAUGAAGUAUGCGACAGAUUUGCAACGGCGGGGUUCCAUGCCAACAUGAUAACGUACUUGACGCAAGAGCUGAACAUGCCGCUGGUCAAGGCCUCCAAUACCCUCACCAACUUCGGCGGCACUUCCAGCUUCACCUCCCUCAUCGGAGCCCUCAUCGCCGAUUCCUUCGCCGGCCGUUUCUACACCAUCCUUGCCGGCUCCAUCUUCUACCAAUUGGGACUCGUGAGUAUCACCACAUCAGCAGUGCUGCCAUCGCUUCGCCCUCCGCCGUGCCCAACUCAGGAGAACUGCAAGGAUGCCUCAGCCCUGCAGCUAUGGGUCCUCUACAUCUCUCUCCUGCUCACGUCAAUCGGGACCGGCGGCAUUAGACCUUGUGUUGUUACAUUCGCUGCGGACCAACUCGACAUGAGCAAAUCCAAGGUUGAGGCAAGGAGGUGGAACUAUUUCAAUUGGUACUAUUUUUGCAUGGGAAUAGCAACUCUAACCGCCGUAACUGUUGUAGUUUACAUCCAAGAUAACGUUGGUUGGGGUUGGGGUCUAGGCAUUCCAACCAUAGCCAUGGCUUUGUCUAUUGUAGUCUUCAUCAUAGGCUCUCCUCUUUAUCGGAGGUUAAAACCAGGGGGGAGUCCUUUGGUGAGACUAGCUCAAGUAGUUGUUGCUGCUGCAAAGAAGAGGAAAGAAACUGCACCAGCAGAUCCAGAUCUCUUGUAUGAAAAUAGGGAGCUUGAUGCUGCCAUUACUACCAAUGGGAAGCUUCUACACACAGAUCAGUUCAAAUGGUUUGAUAAAGCUGCUAUAAUAUCGGGUGGGGAGACAGCAAAUUCAAAGUCGCCAGAUCUGUGGAGGCUUGCAACGGUCCAUCGGGUUGAGGAACUAAAAUCCAUCAUCCGGAUGUUGCCCAUCUGGGCAGCUUCAAUUUUACAUGUCACUGCAUCAUCACAUCAGGGCAGCUUCGUAAUACAACAAGCACGCUCUAUGGAUCGCCACUUGUCUUCCUCAUUCCAAAUUUCUCCGGCCAACUUGUCCAUUUUCAGCAUUCUAACCAUGCUAAUUGGUCUUGUUCUAUAUGAGCGCCUAUUUGUCCCCUUUGCUCGCCGAUUCACGGGAAAGCCCUCUGGCAUCUCGUGUUUGCAAAGAAUGGGAAUAGGUUUCAUGGUCAACAUUCUUGCUACCAUUGUUGCCUCAUUGGUAGAGAUCAAGCGGAAAGCAGCAGCAGCAAAGCACAACUUACUUGACAAACCAAAAGCCAUAAUCCCCAUUAGCGUGUUUUGGUUGGUUCCCCAGUAUAGCCUCCAUGGGAUAGCUGAAGUUUUCAUGUCUGUUGGGCACUUGGAGUUUCUUUAUGACCAAUCACCGGAAAGCAUGAGAAGCACGGCAGCAGCACUUUAUUGGAUUGCAAUAGCAGCAGGAAAUUAUCUGGGAACCUUGUUGGUAUCACUAGUUCAUCAGUAUUCUGGCAAGCAGAGUAAUAAUUGGUUACCAGAUAGGAACUUAAAUAAGGGAAGAUUGGAAUACUAUUAUUUGCUAGUUAGUGGAAUACAAGUAUUAAAUCUGGUAUACUAUGUAGUCUGUGCCUCGCUGUAUACUUACAAGCCACUGGAGGAGUCGACAGAAAGUAGCGAGGAAGACGCGGAUUUAGCUAAACUCCCACCGAACCCAUCAGUUGCUCUUAUUGGGGAUGAAGAGGUAGAGCUUGCAAGGAAUGGGAAAUUUCAGAAUCCUUAACAAAUGUAGUUACUGGUAGUGUGUCAUAUAUAUACAUAUAUAUAUAUAUAUAUAUAUAUAUAUUAUAGUAAUUUUUGCAACUUUAGGCCAGUCGCCUGCAAAUUAAGUUCUGGCAUUUCCUUAUUGUUAUAUGGUAUAUCAUCAAUAAUUGCAGGUAAAAUGCAACGGUUAACCAACUUGAUUAAAUAUGCAAAAAAUCAUUAUUAAUA